CCAUGAUGGCGUGCUUGACGCGCGUGUGGCAGCGUGGCUCCGUUUUUACCGCGCGGCUGCCUCGGCGGGAGUGGAGGUCGACGCGGCUCAGCCUGUCAGUCCGGUACAGCACCAAGGCGGCCCCGCACAUCCCCGGCAUGGACUACCAGGAUGCAAUCUGCACUCUGAACACACUACAGACCAAUGCCAGUGCCCUGGAGCAGGUCCGACGAGAGCGGGGAAACCCUCAGCUUCAACUGCAGGCCAUGAAGGGCUUCCUCGAACGAGCAGGCCUGACAGUUGAAGAGCUAGACCAUCUCAAUAUCAUUCAUGUGACAGGCACAAAGGGCAAGGGGUCAACAUGUGCUUUCACCGAACACAUUUUGAGAAGUUACGGGUUCCGCACUGGAUUUUACAGCUCCCCUCAUUUGGUACAAGUCAGGGAGAGGAUUCGAAUCAAUGGACAGCCCAUUCGGAAAGAGCUCUUCACAAAAUAUUUCUGGCAGGUUUAUGGGCGAUUGGAUGAAACUAAGGAGGCCCAUGGGGGGACGAUGCCUGCCUACUUCCGUUUCCUCACCAUCUUGGCUUUCCACGUGUUUCUUCAGGAGAAGGUGGAUUUAGCGGUAAUUGAAGUUGGGAUUGGCGGAGCGUACGAUUGUACUAACAUUAUAAGGAGACCAUGGGUGUGCGGUAUCUCGUCUCUGGGUAUAGACCACACUCAGAUUCUUGGGGACACCAUUGAAAAGAUUGCCUGGCAAAAAGGUGGCAUCUUCAAGACAGGGGUUCCUGCUUUCACUGUGAAGCAGCCAACAAGUCCUAUGGCUGUCCUUGAAGAGAGGGCCAAAGACAUAAGGUGUCCCCUGUGGGUGUGUCCAGAGCUGGAGGAGUACCAGGUAGGCUGUGGGCCGCUGCACCUGGGACUGGCAGGGCAGCAUCAGCGCUCCAACGCCUCCCUGGCCCUCCAGCUGAGUCACGCUUGGCUGCAGAGAAGAUGCCUACCAGACAAAAGCUUUCCCUCCACCGCUGCUGACAGUACAGGGGUGCCUCCGGCCGCUUGCUUCAAGCCAAGCCCCAUCAUGAUAAAAGGGCUGGCAGACACAGAGUGGCCUGGGAGGACGCAGAUGUUGAGACAUGGUACAGUCACCUACUUCCUGGAUGGCGCUCAUACAACCCGCAGCAUGCAGGCCUGCAUACAGUGGUUCAAAGACACUGCAGCACAGCAUGAAAGAAACGCAGCCGGACCUGUGGCCAGAGUUUUGCUCUUCAAUGCCACAGGAGAGAGAGACUCUGCAGCCAUGCUCAAACUUCUUGUGUCAUGCCAUUUCGACUUCGCCGUGUUCUGCCCAAAUAUUACCGAAGCCAUUGCGUCGUGUAAUGCAGACCAGCAGAAUUUCAAUGUUUCGGUGGAGAACAUGCUGACCCGCUGCUUGGACAACGAGAGGAGCUGGCGUCUUCACAACCACAUGGGGGAUAACCCUAGCACACAGCUGCUCAUUCAGGAUAGCUUGCCCCUGGUACUGGAGAAUAAAUCGGACACCCUGGUCUUCCCCUGCAUCCUCAGCGCUCUCCAGUGGAUCACCCAGGGAAGGGACGCGGUCCUGGCAGGCCCAGUCAAGACCGUCAUACCAGUCAAACCCAGUGUAACAGCCAAAGCCGCCCCCAUUCGUGAGGCAGCCGCGAUUCACGUCCUUGUCACCGGAAGCCUCCACCUGGUGGGAGGGGUGCUCAAACACAUCGACCCUUCUUCCAACAAGUAAACAGACAUUAUAAGGGAAUCUGUGGUUUACGUAAUGUCUGGGUGCUGUACUUGUAUAUGUACACAUCUUUGUGUGCAUAUUUCCUCCAGAAUAUAUCAGUUUCUUGUGCUAAAAGGUUAUUGGAAGGUCACCGGUGAGUGACCCAGGCAGUGUUCUGUAAUUCCAGGUCUUGCGAGCCUCACUGUAAUGAUUUAUGCCAGGAGGCAGUUGGUUUAGGCCAAGACAGCUGCAGCCCGUAUGCAGGCCUCCUUUCCACCCAGAGCCUUAUGGAUGAUUGCACAAACUUGCCAAGCUUGAGUCUUAAGUUCUUUACUUGAAGCCAAAUCUGUUUACAUGAACUGACAGGAGUACACCAAUGUACCUUCCAACUUGACCUGAGUGAUGAGCUACUUUAAAUUCUGUGCUUCAGUACAGCGUUGUGCUUCAAAAAGGUUUUCUAAGGUUGGCUAAAAGCCAUAAGAUACAUAAUUGAUUAUAUCUGAUUAUGAAAAUAUGUGGUGUGUAGCACUUAAAUUUUACAGUUACACAAAAACCUGCAGAAAAAUAUGUAUCGACGAAUGCUAUAUUGAGUCAAUAUAUAUAUUUGACAGGUUUUUAUGUAUCAGAGUGGAAUACUCAACUACCAGAGAACUGUUUUUACAUGGGUUUUUUUGUAAUGAAAGCCAUUUUGCACAGUUUGUACUUUAUUUGGAGAGUAUAAGACAGUGUACCUCACCUUUUGGUUGUAGAUGUGUAAAUAUGCAUCGAAAUCAGAUGAAUUCAUCUUAACUCAUUUUAAAUGGAGUCAUGAUCUAAUCUCAGAUUUACACUGGAGUUGUAGAUAUAUUUAAAUUGUCCUUAAUUCAGAUUUGCAUUAAGUAUGUAAUGCAGAAGCCCAAAUGAGUACAACACAUGUAGUCACCUGGAAUGUUGAUCCUUGAAAAUGAAUACAAAUUCCCAUGGACUAAUUAAUUAUUGGAAGGAAAAUAUUGGGAUAUAGGACACAUAUCACACUCUACGUCUGUCAUAUGUGGGCAUCAAUGAUCAAGAUGGUUAUCGAAGAACAUUUUCUCCUUUGUGUUGAUGAAAUUUACUCUGUCAUGGUCCUCCAUCCACAAAACCCAGCAGGAUAGUUCCUGAAACCUCCAUUCACACUUGAGCCUCAAACAAGCUUUGUCAUUUAAAAGAACAACCUAAUAAAGUACAUGUAUAUUCUUAAUAUCUUCCCAAUGUGGAUUUGUGUUUUGUUACCUCAACAACAGUCUUUUGUGACUCAUGUGUUUUACAAGCAGUCUAAAAAUGAUGAUUUUAGCAAACUGAGGUACUAAACACAAUUUGCUUCAUGAACAUGGGCUUACAGAUUCAGUCUGUUGUUGGUUUUGACAUGUCACACUCUCUGUCAUGUACAUAGAUAACUAAAUUAAGAUGUUUAAUGUAAACUACAAAAUGUCAUUUUGCUCAUAACAGUGGGUCAGAUUUGACAUGACAUCAAGUUCCAAGUGUGAUCCUCGGUGCACCAAAUUAGCAUGUGCAGUUCUUUGUCCCUGAGCUGAAACACCACAAACCAAACGUAGCUCCCUUUAGGCCAGUGGGAUCACAACCUGCUCACUUAAAACCAUGAUGUCAAAAUAUUGUUUUCCUCAAGACUUUAUGGUCUCAGUAGCUAUUUUCACUUCUUCUAAUCUGUCUCCUGAUGGCCAGUUUUAUAAUAACUGCACCGGAACAAUAUAACAGGGUUGUUUUUGCCUAGCGUUAGGACAUUUGUAUUAGUGACUCUUUGAUUUUUUUUUUUUUUUUUUUUUUUUGAGGGAGGAGUACUUGUCAUUUUCUUCAUUUUUGGGCUAAUUUCGUGGCAACUUUUGUGCUAAUUUUCUUUUCUUUUUAUUUUAUUAUAUUAUUUUACUAAUAUACUGUCAUUUUUAGGUAAUUUCUCACUUUUUUAUAUUUUUGGUCAUUCUUUACAAGUUAGUAAUUUAUGAUAAUUUUCCUGUAAUUCUAAAUUUAUUUUAUUAUUAUUUUUGAUGUUUUCUUUGCAAUUUUGGGAGGUCAUUUUGUGGCCAUUUUCUGAGAGAAAUCAAGUAAAUUUGUUCAGGUGAUAGUAAACCUGCUUCUGUCCUGCACUGGAACAAUAAGAGGUGUUUUCUUUUCACAUGUCAGUUUUGUUGUCAUUUUCUUGAUGUGUGCGCUGGGUUAGCCGGUAUCACUGCAAAUGUGGCCUGUUCUGCACUUAACUGUAAUAAAACACCAUACAGGGA